GAAAACACAGUAGUUGCCUAACGUCAGUUUGUUUUUUAGUGAACAGUUAUCAUGUUUAGGUAUUCAUGGUUAUCACGUGUGUUGGAUAUUAUUCUUCUAGUCUUCUUGGAAGGUGCAAUUGCCUUACAAAUCAUGGAUCUCCACGUACCAGAGGCUAUUCGUAACGGCUCAGGUGCUGUCAUCCUUGAUUGCGACUACUCAUUGAGUGCGAACGAGUCAAAGCACGCGCUGCAAGUGGGAUUAGUGGUGAAAUGGUACCUGAACGAUCAUCCCAGCCCGAUCUAUCAGUGGAUUCCGGGUCAGAAGCCGCAGGAGCUGGGCGUCAUGAAGAAUCGGCUCGACCUGAAAUUCAAGGCCUCUGAACAACCUGCCAGCAAGUUCAGGGCUAUACGUAUAAUGGAGCCUACUACUGAACUGUCCGGAGAAUACAAAUGCACGGUUUCAACGUUCGAUAAUGAGGAUUUCAUGAUGAAGAAGAUGCUAGUUUAUGCGCCAGAGAAGAAGUUGGAGCUACAACACAAGAAAUCGAAUGAUGGCAUCACAGUUCAUUGCACGGCUUAUGAUGUAUACCCACAACCGGUACUUGGUAUUUUCAGGAUAGAAAAUUCAGAGCUGAAAGAAGCUCUUCCGCGCAUGAGCCUGGAGACAGUGAGAUGGCACGGAGCAUUUGAUGUCAGUGCCAAAGCUUCCCUCUUAGAAAUCCAUGGUGAUACAAUGAUCGAAUGUGAACUUCAGCUUCCUGAUACGAACUAUUCCAGUAAACAGCGCAUCAUCUACCACGAAAGUGGCGAAUCUCAACUUCUAUCAAAUGGCGUUAAAAGUGCAAUAACUGAGAGCCGGCAUUAUAUCGGCCUGUUUAUAGCCGUGGUCUUCGUAACGACUUGAAGUGAGGUCUUUCGGAUUCACGGCCUCAGACAAAGGCGGGCUGCUGUUGCUCUACUAUAUGUGCCAGGGAAAUGAAUUUUUCAUACAUCAACUAGAAUAAGUUUGGAUGAUGGCACUCAGCGAAAUUUUAAUGGAGUGGCGGUGUUCAUCAUUCCCACACAUCAUGAGAGAUUAUGAAUAGUUAAACGUUACUCAAGAGAUUUUGACAAAUGGAAAAUGUGAGUGAGGAUAUAUAAAAACAUUUUCUCGUUCAAAGUAUCAUGGAACUGAAUCGUGAAUGAAAGUUUAAUGCGCUGAUAUGAUUUUGUUGAUUAGUAGCCUGUCAGAGUCAUAUAAGUGUGAGUCAUUCAAAAUACUGAAAUUGUGUUUGAAGUCAAUUGUGAUAUUUACAGUAUAAUUUUCAAGAAUAAAACUGAAGUCUGAAAAAUGUUUA